UGGAUCUCAGUUUUUCUCUCCAGCUCCCUCCUCUCCCUUUGUCAUUCUAGCUGCCUGCUGCCUCUGCAGCGUCCCUCUUGUUUUCUCUGUGUUAACUGCCAGCGCUUUAGACACACAGGGUGCGCAAAGCAGAGGAUUAGUUGGGACCUGCCUUGGUGACUCCAUGGCAUCCCCCAGAACCGUAACUGUCGUGGCCCUCUCAGUGGCCCUGGGACUCUUCUUUGUUUUUAUGGGGACUAUCAAGUUGACCCCCAGGCUCAGCAAGGAUGCCUACAAUGAGAUGAAACGUGCUUACAAGACCUAUGUCCGAGCACUUCCUCUGCUGAAGAAAAUGGGAAUCAAUUCCAUUCUCCUCCGUAAAAGCAUUGGUGCUCUUGAGGUGGCCUGUGGCAUUGUCAUGACCCUUGUGCCUGGACGUCCCAAAGAUGUGGCCAACUUCUUCCUGCUUUUGCUGGUGUUGGUUGUGCUCUUCUUCCAUCAGCUAGUCGGUGAUCCUCUCAAACGCUAUGCCCAUGCCCUGGUGUUUGGAAUCCUACUCACCUGCCGCCUGCUGAUUGCCCGAAAGCCUGAAGACCGGUCUUCUGAGAAGAAGUUCUCGCCCCAAGGAAACAUAGGAAAUGCGGGGAAAGCAGAGGAGCAGCCCUCCUUAUAUGAGAAGGCCCCUCAGGGCAAAAUGAAGUUGUCAUAGAAAAGUGGAAGUGCAAAAAGUGGACCUUCCAGGCAGUUGCCUCCAUGACACCCAGGAAGAUGUCACUGUGUGUUUUUCAUUUGCUUUAUUUAUCUUGGGGUGGGGGGGGGGAGGGAAAAUAUAAUCUACAAGUUAAUGGCCCUGUUAGUUUGUGUACACCUAAACCCUAAAAUGACCUCCCCACAUAGACAGACAUAUGUGCACCAUCUUUAAUCACUCUGGGGAACUCUCACAUCUUGCUGCAUGUACAUGUAUAUGGCUAACUACUGAAGUGUUUUUGUGAGAUGGACUCCAGCAAGCAUGUGACUGUGAGACUGUAUGUGUGGGAAAAUGUAUUUACUGUGUGUGUGCAUGCACAUGCGGAGGAAAAGGCUCUGAUCUUGAACUAAUCCUGCAUAGGUAUCCUUCCCUUUAUAAACCCAGUCUAGUGAAGACAGAAUAAAAUAAAUCUCCUAUAAAGAGAAUCUACUUUUGGUAUAAAACAAAUGAUGUAUUCCCAUGGGAUGGAGGAAUCCCUUGAUAGAUUAAACUGAAAACUUAAACCUACCACUUUAAGAAAAAGGUCGUUCAAUUUAAGGCACUGAGCUAUAUGUAAGAUUAAUUUGCCUCUACUUUUAACAGUUGUUUAAAUUUUAAAUACUCCAUAUUGAGUUUAAUUAAAAUAAGGAAUAUAUGCAGUCAGUAGAUAAUCUAGUUCUUCAAGUGAUGAAAUUGAAAGUUUCACCUUGCUUUUGUCCAAGCCCAACCUACUAAGCUCACAGUUUGAAACUGAAGCAGUAAACAUGUGUUUUUGUUAAUUUUCUUAAGCCAAAAACUGGCUCACUUCCAUUAUUCUCAGCAGCUAACCAGGAUUUGGCAGCUUCUCCACUGUUGUGGCUGAGGGAGCAGGGAUUAGUCCUGUUAGAAGUCUGUGAAUCUCAAACUGUUCUCUUAAAUCAUGUGAAAUUUGACCGAAGAGUUGUACCCAGUGUUUCCCUGACAAAUAGAUUCACUACUCUUAUUGAAUUUUCAUUGAACUUUGCUAGUGUAAGCAGAGAUCUAAGUUACCCCCAAUGUUGUCGCCUCUGCACUUCUUUAUUAUUCCAGUGGGUGGAGUUUAGCUGAGGGAAGGACAUUUGAUAUGGGUUAGUUGGAUCCAGCAGUAUGAAAAUUUGCUUUCUUCAUUACAUACUGAUGUUUCUUCUUGUUAGAUGUGCUUUGAUGGUUUUGAUAUUAUUGUGCCAGGGAUGGGAAAAGGGGUGGGGGUGUUUUGUGUGUGUGGAGUAAAUUAUUGUAUUUCUUCAAUGUCAUUGUUCUUAUUAAUUGAUACCUCUCUGUCUUAUUUCUCUCAUUCUUUCAAAAUAAAAAAAUUGAAAUUUGGAGGAAA